AUGAGCUCAGGAGCUUGUGCUGUUCAGCAGACCCUCACAGCGGAGGCUGCUUCAGUUUUGAAGCACUCUCUCAGCUUGUCAAGGAGGAGAGGCCAUGCUCAGGUCACUCCUCUUCAUGUGGCUGCCACUUUGCUCAGCUCAAGGACCAGUCUUUUGAGGAGGGCUUGUCUCAGGGAUAAGGAAUCUGACAGAGAGAAAGAAGAAGAAGAAAAACAGAUAAACAGAUAA